CAUCGUGUUUACACAUAUUAAUUUAACUAUUGUUAUCUCAGACAUAAAACGUAUAACAUUAUCAGUAGUCCGUUUUAUAAGGAGUAAGCAGUCUCAAAUGUCGAUUUGCAGGAUGCACAUUUACUGAUUGACGCUAAUUAGCAGGACAAUGAAAAUGUUUCAUAACCAUAGAGUUACAACGUUUGUUCAUGUGGCUAUAUUUAUCCACCAAUUUGUGUUCAGUUCUGGGCAAAUAUGCCCGUAUGGAUGGGUUGAAUCCCCUGAAAGUGAUAGGUGCUACAAGUUCGACACUACACUCUCGAAGACCUGGAAUGAUGCACGGGAUUCUUGCAGAUACCAAGGAGGCAAUUUAAUCUCAUUUAGAAAUGCUCAAGAAAGGGAUUACAUUUGGAAUCAAGUGAAAAAGUUUGGGCAGAACUCGCAGCUACCGGAUAGUUACUGGACGGGGCUCAACAGUAUUAAAGACCCAAAGGUUUGGGAAUGGUCAGAUGGAACUCUUUUCGACAAUGACACUGUCCCAUGGCAGUCUGGAGAACCAAACAGUGAAACCGAAAACUGUGGAGAGUUUCAUCCAUAUGGAAUGAAUGACCAUGACUGUAGUCGGAAGUUCAACUUCAUUUGUUCACGAGACAAAAACAAACCAUUCUUCUGUCCAAAUGACUGGUACCAUUUAGGGGAAUACUGCUACCAUCUGAUAGACGACCAGAAGCAGUUUUGGGAGGCAAGGGAAGACUGUGCAAACUUUGAUGGCGAACUGACGUCAAUUCAAAAUAUUGCUGACCAGACCACUGCUUUUGAUAUUGCUAAGACUUUUGAAAAUGAACCUGCGUGGAUUGGAUUGUAUACUAAAAGCAAUGGCGGUGGGUCUCCUGGUUAUGACUGGUUGUGGACAGACGGCACUAAAUUCAACAAUACGAUAACAUAUUGGAUAGAUGGACAACCCAAUGUAGAACCGGGUAAGGAGGACAACACAUGUGUCAUUGUGAAUCCCAAUACUGAUCUUGAAAAAUCUUGGUCGGCACAACAGUGUGACAGAGAACGGAAGUAUAUCUGCAGAAGAAUUGUAGGAAGAUGUGCUGGUGGUUGGCUGGAGAAGAAUGGAAAAUGCUAUAAGUUUUAUGUCCAGGAGAAGAAGUCAUGGUUCGGAGCACGGGACCAUUGUGCCAGAAUGAAUACAAAUCUGCUUUCUAUCCAAAAUCAAUAUGAACAGGAUUACAUCAACAUAAAGGCAAAGCAGUUGGCACGCAGUCACAUAAACACAAUGUGGCUUGGAGUAUCAGAUAAAUCUGUGACUGAUGAGACGUUAAUUUGGUCUGACGGAACAGCAGUGGAGGGAGAGGAGAAAUUUAAAAACUGGAAUCUUGGUCAGCCCAAUACUGUUGUAGGCAAAAGAGAUUGUGGAAGGAUAUUUACAGGUCUGACUGAGGCGUACUGGAGCAUGACUACAUAUUGUUUACAGCUGAGUGCAUAUGCUUGUGAGACUACAGUCGGAUCUGUUCCUAUCGUUCCGACAACAGCUCCAGUACCAUAUGCUUGCCCGAAUGACUGGACCAUGGACAAUAGCUUCUGCUAUAGCUUUGAGGAAGAGAGGGUGACAUGGCCAAUGGCGAGACUUAAAUGUCAAAACCUGGCAGUUGGCGCGGAUUUGGUCACUAUCAUGAGUGAAACUGAGCAAACCUUCAUAAAUAGUAAACUUCAAGCAAUAUCAUGGAUUGGCUUCAACGAUAGAGCAGUAGAAGGAUCAUGGGUAUGGAACGAUGGUAUCAAUCCUAUUUUUACCAAUUGGGGCGAUGGUGAACCAAAUAACGGCGUUGCUGAUGGCGAGAACUGCGCGGAAGUUGUUGACGUUGAGAGAAUAAAGGGCAAAUGGAAUGAUGUCGCAUGUUCAAAUAAAUUGCCUUUCAUCUGUAAAAUGGAUGCUGCCAUUGUUGGAAUUACAACACCAACUGGAACCCCUGGGCCAAGAUGGACGCAGAAGUGCGGACCUUACUGGGAAGAUGAUGUUCUGAGUGAAUACUGUUAUCAGUUUAUAACAACGGCUUCAUCCUGGACAGAUUCACGUGCUACGUGCCAGGACCAUGGCGGGGAUCUUCUUAGUAUAAACAGUGUCCAUGAGCAACGAUACAUUGCAGCUAGAACUGUUGGUAUAACUGGUUCCUUGGGAAUGUGGAUUGGCAUUCAUGAUCGUUCGGAGAAAUUUAUAUGGGAGUGGUCGAGCGGUGAUCCUGUUAACUUCUUCAAUUGGGCACCAGGUGAGCCGAACAAUUGGGCUGGUACCGAAGAUUGUGGCGAAAUGGCACUUUUUAGCAAGCAGUGGAACGAUAUCAGCUGCAAUGCACGCAGAUAUUCAAUCUGUAAAAAGAGAGGGACAGUAUCAACCACUCUACCUGCUCCAACAACUCCCGUAAUUGGCAAUGGGGACUUAACUUAUGAGACUGAACCAAAAUUGGAAUAUACCUUUCUUCCGUUUUCACUGACCGGACGGACAAGUUUAUCAUUCCUUAUCAAAGCGUCUGGAGGCGCUCAUAUUCUCCUCGCAGAGAUAUCUGGUGACCUUGAUGACUCAGCAUCGCAUCAAAUAGAGCUAGGAAUUGAAAACAAUCAAUAUUCAGAAAUCCGUAGUAGACAUGGAACAACACAUCAUGUAAGAGUUGAGACUCCGGGUAUUUUGAAUAAGAAUGAGUAUAGGGCAUUUUGGAUAGGAUGGAACGGUGCGAAUAUCCAAGUUGGUCGAGGUAAAACAAUUGGACAAGACGUAUUCAUGAAAUGGCAAGCCCCCGAGGACUUCAAGGCUUCAUACACCGCCAUUUCAACGGAAGAGGGGAUACCAGGAAAAUGGAUCUUUGUCAAUAUAAUGGGUUAUCGUUAUGGAUGCGAGGAGGGAUGGGUGCAGUAUGGGGAGAAAUGUUAUCAUUUUGUCAACGAUUGGUCAAAGUCCUGGCAACAGGCUAGAGAUGAAUGUAGAUAUGACAGAUCUGAACUGGUCAGCAUCCUAGAUGAAAAUGAAUACAACUUUGUUGCAUCAAAAACAAAAGAAAUGACUAGUGUAAGUAAUAGAUGGCCGUAUGAUAAGGUGUGGAUUGGCUUGAAUGAUCUAAGAACAGCGUUCCACUUUGAAUGGUUGGAUGGAUCGCCAGUAACGUUCACAAGAUGGAAUGCCAGGGAGCCUAAUGAUCACAAUGGAAACCGUGAACAAUGUGUCGUCAUGUAUAAAGAGUCUCACAAAGCAAGAUGGAACGAUGUCCCAUGUGACACACGGUCUGGUGGUUAUAUUUGCAAGAAGUCAAUAGCUGAAUACCCACCAACUAGUGUACCCCCAACUGUAGAUGGAUGCCCGACAGACUUUCAAUCGGCAUGGGACGCAUAUUGUUACUCUCUAGUCACUACACCCAAGACCUUCACAGAUGCAGACAUUCAUUGUACUGCAAAGGGAGGAAAAUUGGUCGAUAUACUUAGUUUACCAGAACAGGAGUACAUAUCUAGUGAAUUAGCGUUUAUCUCGGGGAACAUUUGGAUUGGAUUGACUAACCGAGGUGCUAAUUCUACAUUCUAUUGGACGAGUGGAAGACCAGUCACGUACACAAAUUGGCACGAAUCGCAUACAGGUAAUGAGGUGCACUCCUGUGUAUCCGCUCGGGCGACAAGCCCUAUUGGUAAAUGGAUGGAUGAUGACUGUUCCAACCGUAGAGGUUUCAUAUGCAAGAAGGGACGAUUAGGAUACACACCAGCGCCUCCCCCAACGACGAUAGUCACGCCUGAACCGUGUCCCAGUGAGUGGAAGGGCUUCGGUGAUAAAUGUUAUAAGGCUUACAAUGAAUAUCAAGUUGGAGAAAGGAAAACAUGGGGAGAAGCUGAAAGUUUUUGUCGUAGUAUAGGAGGGGACCUUGCGAGUCUCCAUAGUGAAGAGGUCUCUGUUUUUCUAAAAGAUGUCACGACAUGGUCCAACACAGGAUACUGGAUUGGUUUAAGCAAAAGAUCAACUGACAAUGCAUACCAUUGGAAUGACGGGUCUCCAUUUCAAUAUUCUAACUGGGAUAAGCCAAAUGAACCAAAUGACCAUCUCGGUCAUGAGAACUGUGCCGAACUUAUCUCCAACAAUAAUCAUAAGUGGAGACUGAGCUACUGCUACAUUAGUAGAAACUGGAUUUGUGAGCUCCAAAGAGGAAUACAGCCUUUGACUACUCCUGCUGCACCAACUCCUAAUCCAGCACACUAUUGUGCGAAUGGAGCCGAUUGGAGAUAUUGGAGCGGCCAUUGCUACUUUGCCAGUGAGAGUUACGAAAAAAAGUCAUGGUUCGCUGCCAGGAAAUAUUGCAUGGACCAUGGGGGAGAUCUCACUAGUAUUAACUCAAUAGACGAAAACCAUUUUCUUACUGCAUGGACUGGAAAAACAUCAAAUGACAAAUUAUGGAUCGGAUUGAAUGAACUAGAGCUAGACGGUUACAAGUGGUCAGAUGGCUCACCAACAUCGUUAGUCAUAUGGGCAGAGGGAGAACCAAAUGACUACAAUUUUGGACAGAGAUGUGUUGAUCUUUAUGCGUUUAAUGGGUUUUGGAAUGACGACAACUGUGGAGACCCACUUGGAUUUAUUUGCAAGUCUAGAAAUGAGAGCAUAGAUGCCAGAACUCUUCCUCCAACUGUUGAAGUUCCUGGUUACUGUCCACAAGGCUACAACGGAGUUGGCAACAAGUGUUUUGGAUUGUUUGGCGAAGAUAUAGCCGACCGUUUAAGCUGGACUGAUGCUGUUGAGACUUGUCGUAGAAAUGGCUUGGCAUAUGAUCUAGCUACAAUCAACAGCAAUUUGGAAUCUUCUGUUAUAACUGCGAUGUUGAAGGGAAGAUCAACAGAUCUUUGGAUUGGUUUGAACGAGAGAAUCAUUCACGGAGACUGGAGGUGGGCUAACAAUGAGGAUGUUGUCUACACUAACUGGGGACAAGGAGAACCAAACUCUGGAUGGAAUGAGAAACACUGUGCAAAUGUUAAAGUGGAUCCAGGGUGGAAAGGAAAGUGGGACGACUUCAACUGUGAUGAACCCAAAGGAUAUGUUUGUCAAGUUUAUAAAGAUCUGUCAAACCCCAUAAUCACAGCACCGGUGACGCCACCCAACAGCUGCCUAGAUGGCUACUCUCCCUACACAGACGGUUGCUACAAGCUAGUGCUCACAUCAAUGCAAUGGUCGGCAGCAAGCAGUAACUGUCAGCUGGAUGGAGCAUCUCUCGUAUCCAUUCAUAGUGCUUUUGAAAAUGCAUUUAUUCAUGCAAUGCUGAGUUCUCCUACUAUAGUUGAACCUGUAUGGAUAGGGUUAUCCGAUCAAGUCUCGAAAGGUAACUACAGAUGGAGUGAUCAAUGGCCUGUACGAUAUACCAACUGGGGCAACAAUGAACCUAGCAAAGGCCCUGGGGAGGGUUGUGUUGUUAGAAACCCAGAUGGGACCUGGAACGACACGUUGUGUACUGGUAUACACCCAUUCAUUUGCAAAACAACAAGUGCCAUCCCUCCACCUACUCAACCGUUCAUUCCCGGGACGUGUCCAAGUGAUGAUUGGAUAACUGGGACGUCUGCUUGCUACUACAUCUACACAGGGGACAAGAAGGAGUCGUGGACUUUAGCUGAUCUUGAAUGUAUGGUAAAAGGUGGUAAACUAGCAUCUAUAGCAGAUCUUGAGGAGAACCAGUUUAUCAUGGACCAGAUUCAAAUCCAGAAGCCUGGUGCUAGAGGUGGACUUUGGAUUGGACUCUUGCAACGUGCAGGUGGUGGUUUCUUCUGGAAUGAUGGAAAGCCUGUUAGCUACGUCAACUGGCAAAAUGGUGAACCAUCUGAUAAAGAAGGGUCGAACGAAAACUGUGUAGAAAUGUAUUCAGAGUCGGGGACAUGGAACGAUCAUAUGUGCAAUGAGGGAAGAUGGUACAUUUGCAAAGCAGACAAACAAACACCAGCAACAUUACCAUCAAGGUCGACAACUCGCCAGUUGACGACCAGUCUAACCCCACCCACCACCACUGUAAUGACAACGUCCGCUAAGAAUACGUUCACUCUGCCGCCCACGCCCGGCACUACCAGAAUAUUUACCCUGCCCCCAUGGUUACAGACAACACCUUUAAAUGGAAUUAGAACAACAAGAAGGGCAUUUACAUUACCUGCAGGUGGCUCAACAACUAUCCGUCAAUCUAACACAGCUCAACCAAACACUGGUAAAAAACCACUCAGUGGAGGAGCAAUAGCUGGUAUAGUGAUAGGAGUUAUAGCUGCUUUGGCCCUGCUGGUUGUAGCAGCCUUUUUCAUAAGGAAGAAGCGUCAACUAUCAGUGUUGCACCGAGAAAUCAGUAAAAACAUGAACAUGAACAAUCCGCUAUAUAGUAAUUCUCAAGGGAUAGACCUUUCAUCUCCUGCCCCUGUGAACAAUUUUGGAUACAUAAACGAUACCGCUACUAACGCGUAG